AUGGUGCACGUCGCGAAGACGAUGGGGGAGAAUGUAUACACCGACACCGAGGAGAUUAUCGCGCAGGUGUCGCAGGUUGAACUCCAGGAAAACGACGGGUGGGAGGGCAGGGUGAGCCAGAGCAUAUUCGACGCCUCUAGAUCGACGUUUGCCCGGGCCGUCGACGAGUCGACGUUCGGCCUGAUCGUCGAUAUGAGCGUGUGGAGCCUUUCGGACGCGGCCAGCACGCUACCAUGCCGCGAUCUGGGCUCUGGCCAGAGCACCGAGGCAUCGGUGCAGACGCUCAGGGUGCUCAGGGGCGACCCCAACAUCAGCAGCUGCGACGACAUCCCACGAGACCUCUGCGCCGCCCAGGAAAGCACGUGGCUUCGCGCCAUAUGCCCGAGGCACUGCCGCUGCGAGGAGCCGCUCCUGAGUAACGUCGGCUUCUUCGGAAAGGCCAGCUUCGGGUGCCCCAGCCAGUGCGAGACAUUCAAGGCGGCGACAAGCGAGAUAGCUUUCAGAUAUGCGCUGAGCACUCUGGAGAGUGCCAGUCGGCGCUUGCAAGCUCCGGAAUCGCUGGGCGCAGCGCUGGAUUUCUCAAUUCUAAAUCGGGGGUUGAGCGCAGCCCAGGACUCAAACGCAACCCAGAACGCAAGCUCAGACCAGCUGACUACCUCCUCUUUGUUCCAAGGGUGCUCGGACUUCGCAAGCGCGGAGUUCUCCUUCGCAGGCGGGUGCGCUGACUCGAACGAGGAAACGCAACUCGACAAGAAUGGCAACGACUGCUCCGUGUACACGGCUGUCCCCUCUUUCUGCGGCAUGGCCGACGACGACGACUUCCAGGCGGCCGAUUUGUGCUGUGCUUGCGGUGGCGGCCGCGAGGACGUCCUGAGUUCUGCUUCUUGCUGGGGCAAUUUUGAAAGCGUGUGUUGGCAUAUGCCGCGGAAUGCCCGGGCGUUCCUGUUCUACGUGAGGGGCCUUUUUGAAUAUUUGACGAGCCUGUCAGGAUUCAACGACAGCGUCACCGAGGUCGUCGAGAAGGAUUACGCUGGGGUCAAUCCCGACGAGGGCAUGAUGGCCGACCUCAUCGAGCACGUCGCGACCGGCGCCAUGGGGCGGGCUCUGGUCAGUGGCAUUUGGGAGUUGAUGCCUGGGCUCGCGCACCCGCGGGGGUUGUCCGGCUGCGACUUUCUUGCGUCGUACGAGGUCACGUCUUUGCUGAACCUCGACGCGUGCGCCGACGGGGACCACACGUCCCUGAGGUUCUUCUGCCCAAAAGCCUGCGGCUGCGGCUCAUCGUUCGGCAUGGACGAGUGUCCCGUUGCUUGCGUCCUCAAGGAGUGUUUGGAGGCAAAUGCAUCGUGUGCUCACGUGCACCCUUGGUACAGCGACGAGUGCCUCGCUGGGUAUCACAACGAUGGCGGGCGUCCUACGUGUCUCAGCUGCGCCGGCGGCGAGACGAGGCGGCGGCGGGCGGCCGACUGCACGGACUGCCCCGACGGCUUUUACGACAUUGGGAAUUUGGACGACUGCGUGUCGUGCGUGGGUGGAGCCGUCCGGCGGCGACGCUCCCAGUCCUGCACUGACUGUGCCCCGGGCUAUGUCGACGCCGGCGACAGCGACGAGUGCAGCCCUUGCGUGGGAUGCACCACGACCCGCAGGCGGUCUGUCUUCUGCGCAGAGUGCGCGACUGGGAGGUACAACGAGGGGGGCAUGGAGGACGACUGCCAGUUGUGCCUCGGCGUUUGGACGACGAGGCGGCGCGCGUCCACUGCAAGCGAGUGUCCGGCUGGCCACUAUAACGACGGCACCUCGGACGAUUGCCUUCAGUGUGGCAGAGACCGUGAGACAAGGCGCCGCCGUGCCGAGAUUUGCACCACCUGCGAUGCUGGUUACACCAACCUUGACGGGGACGACACGUGUGAGCCUGUUGGGUGUCCAUACAACUCUACUGGAGACGGCGUCGUGGACGGAUGCAAGUGCGAUGUUGGAUUUGUCGGUCUGAUCCGACCUCUUUCUGGGCAACCGUAUUUUUCGGGUGCAUGUUCGGAGCUACCCUUCUACAAAAUAACUUCUGGAUUUUGCCCAGUUCCAGUCUUGGACACUGGUCUGUGUCCUUUCGCUGCGCAGGUACUUGGUAUGAGUGAUGCUACCUCCGCGACUGAGAGAAACACGUAUUAUGAUUUCACGUUGUGGAAGUAUUUGUCUUACGAGUGGGAGCCACGUGGGUGUUACGUGGAUACCUGGAACGGCAACCUUCUGUCCAAUGAGUACGGAGAGCAAGUUUGCAGUCCGAGGUAUGCGUGCAUUUGCAUGGGGUACGAGGACGAGUUUGUUUGCACUGAUUCGGGAGACACAACGUGCCCGAAUGCCACCUACGCUAGUUUUUCUGCAUAUUAUGAUUGUUCGGAUGGCGAAAGGGAGAGUUGCUGUGAUUGCGGCGGUGGGGACCUCACGAAGCAGAAUGCAAGCUCGUGCGUGGACACAGAUGGAUUGCACCUCAGUGUUCCCGCCGAAUUCAGUUUUGAGAACGGCCAGGGUUCCUCACUUCGAUGUCUAAAAUGGGACUGGAUGCCAGCAACCAGUCAUUGGGCGAUCUACUAUGACGACGAAGAUUUCACUGCUGCUGACAUGUGCUGCGCUUGCGGUGGCGGGCAAUAUGCGAUCACUUUGACCGCUUCGAGCUCCACGACCACAACGUCGGCCACCGAGUCGAACGCCACGCAGCUUUAA